GGACCUGAGGCCGAGAAAGGUUCGCGCGCUUCGGGCCUACUCCGGACUCGCCGCCGCCGCCGCCAUAUUCCCGUGGCAUCUUUCUUUCUCCAUUCUCCGGGCUCGAGAUCUUCCUUCCGGAGCCAUGUCAGAAGGAGUAGACUUGAUUGAUAUAUACGCGGACGAGGAGUUCAACCAGGACCCAGAGUUCAACAAUACAGAUCAGAUUGACCUGUAUGAUGAUGUACUGACAGCCACCUCCCAGCCCUCAGAUGACAGAAGCAGCAGCACUGAGCCACCACCUCCUGUUCGCCAGGAGCCGUCUCCGAAGCCCAACAACAAGACCCCUGCAAUUCUGUACACGUACAGUGGCCUUCGUAAUAGACGAGCUGCUGUCUAUGUGGGCAGCUUCUCCUGGUGGACUACAGACCAGCAGCUGAUCCAGGUUAUUCGCUCAAUAGGAGUCUAUGAUGUGGUGGAGUUGAAAUUUGCAGAGAAUCGAGCAAAUGGCCAGUCUAAAGGGUAUGCUGAAGUGGUGGUAGCCUCUGAAAACUCUGUCCACAAAUUGUUGGAACUCCUGCCAGGAAAAGUUCUUAAUGGGGAAAAAGUGGACGUGAGGCCGGCCACCCGGCAAAACCUAUCACAGUUUGAAGCACAGGCUCGGAAACGUGAGUGCGUCCGAGUCCCAAGAGGGGGAAUACCUCCACGGGCCCAUUCCCGAGAUUCUAGUGAUUCUGCUGAUGGGCGGGCCACACCCUCUGAGAACCUUGUACCCUCGUCUGCCCGUGUGGAUAAGCCCCCCAGCGUGCUUCCCUACUUCAAUCGCCCUCCUUCAGCCCUCCCCCUGAUGGGUCUGCCCCCACCCCCAAUUCCACCCCCACCACCUCUCUCUUCAAGCUUCGGGGUCCCUCCUCCUCCUCCUGGCAUCCACUACCAGCAUCUUAUGCCUCCCCCUCCUCGAUUACCUCCUCAUCUGGCUGUACCUCCCCCUGGGGCCAUCCCGCCUGCCCUUCACCUCAAUCCAGCCUUCUUCCCUCCACCAAAUGCCUCUGUGGGGCCUCCACCAGAUACUUACAUGAAGGCCUCUGCACCCUAUAACCACCAUGGCAGCCGAGAUUCGGGCCCUCCGCCAUCUACAGUGAGUGAAGCGGAAUUUGAGGAGAUCAUGAAGAGAAACAGAGCAAUUUCUAGCAGUGCCAUUUCCAAAGCAGUAUCUGGAGCCAGUGCAGGGGAUUACAGUGACGCGAUUGAGACGCUGCUCACAGCCAUUGCUGUUAUCAAACAGUCCCGGGUCGCCAAUGAUGAGCGUUGCCGUGUCCUCAUCUCCUCUCUUAAGGACUGUCUUCAUGGCAUUGAAGCCAAGUCCUACAGUGUGGGUGCCAGCGGGAGCUCUUCCAGGAAGAGACAUCGGUCCCGGGAGAGGUCGCCUAGCCGGUCCCGGGAGAGCAGCAGGAGGCAUCGGGACCUGCUUCAUAAUGAAGAUCGGCAUGAUGAUUAUUUCCAAGAAAGGAACCGGGAGCACGAGAGACACCGGGAUAGAGAACGGGACCGGCACCACUGAGAAAGGAAUCUGGUUGGAAGCAAAAUUUUUUUUAAUGGACUUGCAUCUCCUCACCUUGAUCAGGACUGAAGGACGGAGGCCGCUCCACCCCUUCCCCUUCUUCCAAGCCCCUAACUUCCUCCAGACACCCAGGGAAUACCCUCUGCCCCACAGGAUUGAAGUUUGCUUGGCAGCCCUCCCAACCCCACACCUCCUGUUUGCCAGGGGAAAGAGCCUAGAGACUUUGUAUGGUUGGGAGGGGUGGCAGACAGGAAGAAAAUGUGUCCAGGCCCCUGGUCUUCAUAGAUAAUGGUGCUUUGUCCAAGAAGUGUAGAGUUUCUGAUUCUCCAGGAACAGUUCAGUGGUGAGGUUGAUGGGAAGGCUUCUUUCCCAGAGAAAGUGGAUCCUCCAUGUGUGGUCUAGGAGAGUGACUGGGUGUGCCAGCGUAUGCCCAGGGUCCUGCAGUAGAUUUGAUGGGGCCAAGAGGGUCCAAACCCCUUGCUAACAUACCACUUCUUUGUUUUAACUCUUUACCCUCCCAGCCCUUUGAGGGACCAUGAGAACAGAAAUCACCUUAUGAAAAGCUAUUUCUGUUCUUGCUUUUCCCUCGCACAUAUUGAUGGUUUAUUUCCCUGACCUCCCAGAGGGCUGAACUCUUUCAACUCCCUGCUGCCCAGCCUCCUCCGUGGACUUGCUCCUCCUAAGCAGAGGCCUGUGAGGUUGCUUUCUGCUGGGGAGCCUGACAGAGCCAGUUAACACUCUGCUGCUUAGUGUUUGGUUGCCUCUUGCAAUAACCAGCUCUACUAGGUGUUCCCUUUCCUUGGGGCUUCUCCAUUUCACACAUGAAGCCCUCGCCCCCAAAAGGCUGCUUCCUUGUUUUAGAGGAAGGUACUGCCAUUGGGAGAUGAGAACAUCAGGACCUCAGCAAUGAAGAGCCUUUAUGAUGUACCAGGAGUGGGGAAGGAGGCGAGUUGGGCAGGAUGUGGCCUACCUCCAUAGGCUUUUUUUUUUCAGGUUCGAGGUAAGCAUGGGCUUGCAUCCCCUAGGUACAUCCUUUUACUUAUUGUGAUUGUGGGAUAACCUGGCACUAGGAGGCAAGUAAAGUCACAAAUUAGGUGUUUGUCCACCUUUGACUUUUGACUUAAUAGCUCCCCUUGCUCUGCCUGGAGGUACUUCCUGCCUGCCUCUGAUACGGAGCAAGGAAGAAGUGGAAACUGACUUGAAUGAACUCAGCUCAGAGUUCUAAGGACCACCACUUUGGGGGCCAUUUUCUACACAGGCAAAUGGCAUUGCUUCUCCCUUAACAUCCAAAUUGUGAUGUGGUUGCUGCUGAAGGAGGAAGUAACAACAGGGUUCUGCAGUACCCAUGGGGUGAUGCUACUUCUGCAUGCCUCUGAGGGAAUGUAACAUCUAACAUGAGACGAGAUGUGGCACAUGAGACAUAGGGUCGGUGGAGACCCUUGUGGCUCGGGGGAGAGACUGUACUUAAGCCCUUCCUCUGUUCCCAGGACGUUCUGACACAGCCCUCAGUCAGUCACUGAGGGAUCCCCCAGGGUUGGAGAGGCACAUUCCCUUGGGACAGAGGCUACAGGUGGUAGCUUUUUUCCUGUUCCUCAGCCCCAUCCCCACCUCCACUUCGGAACACGGCACCCUGCCCGUCCGGCCAAGUGUUAAGAUGUGCUUAUCCUUGUGAGCAGCUCGGGUGUCUUUUUAAAAUGUAGAGAAAACCAAGUAAGGUGACAGCUUAAGGAAAAAAUAUAUAGAAUACCAGAAAAGCCGUUUACCUGGAGAUUUUUUCUCCCCAUUUUUUUGUUUUGUUUUUACUCAUGACAUAAUUUUUAGUUUUAUUUCCUGAUAGCAAAAGGGAAAAAAACAAAAAACAAAAAAAAAACCCCAACCCUCAAAAAGGCCAAGGCCCCGUCCCCCUGUUGUCGGUGAUUUGUCUUUCUGAUAGGUUGAAAAUUGUGUAAUAAACUUGAUGACGCUGUCAAUCUUUUAUACUGCAUUGUAUUUUCUUUUCUUUUUGUAACAAUAUUUUUAAAUAAUAAAUGGGGUGUGAGCUAUUUUAUGGA